UUAAUAACUCUUUGAAAGGCGACUCCUCGUUUUCUCACUGUACCCUCCAACAGAAAUAGCUGCAGUGAGGUAAUGUCCAGUGUUGUUGCUCAGCGGACUCGCUUGUCCGUCUCAGCGCCACGUUCAGCACGUUUUGCAUCCAGACUUUGGUCUAGUCCGGCUUUUUUUUUCUCUCUCUACCCGUUUUCCGACAGCCCCCGCCCCUCGUUGCUGUGGGAUUGGCUGACAGAUCGGUGAGUGACGAAUCGUAGCGCGAGGGGGGCGUGGUUUGUCUGAAUGCGGGCUUGCAAAAAAAAACAGUACCCGGCUCGUCACAGUGGAGCCCGGCUCGGCCCCGCCCCCCUCGCCGACCGUGUGUAUAUGAGCGGGGCGCUGAGGGGCGCUGGGAGCAGUGUGUGUGUGUGUGUGUGUUUUGGUGUGUUUUCCUAACGGGAGCGUUUCGGACCUUCAGCAGCGCGUUCGCUGGAUUACGGCUCGUCCGUCGCCUGGAGUAGUUUUGCUUCACUUCUGCGCCAAAGAGGGAAAAGCGGAGAUUUAUUGCGCGUGUCGACCUCAUUCAGCUCUUAUCAGCGCGUGCUGAAGCGGUUCGCAUUCCCAGCUCGUCGGGAAAAGUGAUCCGAGGAAAAGCUGAAAGUUUUUUUUUUUUGUUUUGUUUUUGUUUUUUGUUUUUUUUGCGGAGAUGGAGAUGGAGCUCUCGGUCUGAGCGCCUCUCGCCUUGCGUGCUUCUGAGUGUCCUCCGCCCGCUCGUCUCCCGGCUCGCAGGGGGGAAUGGUCGACCGCAUGAUGGCAAUGAACCAUGGCCGAUUCCCCGAAGCUGUGAACGGUCUCCACCACCACCAUCACCACCACCAGCAGCAGCAGCAGCAGCAGCGCAGGAUGGGAAUGGGACAGUUCUCCAGCCCCCUGCAGCAGCAGCAGCAGCAGCAGCAGCACGGCUACAGCAACGGCUUGCUGGAGCCCAUGCACUACGGCAGCGGCGGCGGGAGCCACGGGCUUCGGCAUCCGAGCGGCAGCGUAGCAGCGCCCGCACGCUUCGCCUCGCAGUUCGUGGCCACCGGCAGUCAGGGGCAGCUGGCGGCGAGCAUGCAGCUGCAGAAGCUUAACACGCAGUACUACACCCAGCAGCACCACCACCACCCGCACCCGCAGCAGCAGCACCAACCGCAGCAGCAGCACCUCCUCCACUACCCACACGAGCUGCAGGGCGGGUUCCGGGACGCGGGGGCCAGGCUCGGGGCGGCCGGCAGAGAGCCCCAGCAGCUGCCCGCCGCACACAGCGUCAUCGACACGGACCUGAUCGACGAGGAGGUGCUGAUGGCGCUGGUGGUGGAGAUGGGUCUGGACAGGAUAAAGGAGCUGCCCGAGCUGUGGCUGGGCCAGAACGAGUUCGACUUCAUGACGGACUUCGUGUGCAAACAGCAGCCCAGCCGAGUGAGCUGCUAAUGCCUCCGUGGAAAAGGGGGGGACUUUUAUACUGCGCUGUUUUUUCUCUCUCCUUUAAAGAAAAACACAGUCCUGGCUUCUCCGGAUGUCCCAGAAACGAGCGGGUCAUUUUAUGUUUCGCUUCUUUCUUUAAGGAUCUGACGUUCCUGCAUUGCAGCUUUUUAUUUUUAACUGUCUUUCCUGUUUUGUUUUUUUAUUUGUUUAUUUUUAUUUUACUCC